AUGAGUGUUUCUUUGACAGUGAUGGCCUUUAAUCUUCAUGAAGAUCAGGCUGAAGACAGUCCAAAUUCAUGGGAGAAGAGGAAGGAUUUGUGUAUUAGUGUCAUCACUAGUUACUCUCCUAUGAUUCUUUGUACUCAACAAGGUGUGAAAACACAGUUGGAUUAUCUUCAGCAGUGCUUGCCAGGUUAUGGUCAAUUUGGAAUAUCAAGAAAAGGAUCUCAAGACACUUCAGAUGAACACUGCACUAUCUUCUAUGACAAGGAAAAAGUAGAGCUGCUAGAAGGUGGAACAUUUUGGCUAUCAGAGUCGCCUUCUGUCCCAGGAAGCAUUUCAUGGGGUGCUGCAGUUCCAUGUAUUGCAACAUGGGCUAUAUCCUUCCCAAUACUAGUUUUGUCAAAUUUACAUUGGAUUGAGCCUCCGGGCUUUUCAUUUCAGAUAGUGAAUACAAAAAUGGAUGAGUUAAGUCCUCGUGCACGUCGACGAAGUGCUUUACUCACAUGGCAACACAUUGCAUCCUUACCUCCUAGCUUACCUGUUGUGUACUGUGGAGGAUUUAACACACAGAAGGAAUCAACUACAGGACGUUUUCUUCUAGGGAGAUCAAGAGAGCAUGGAGUAGUGGGAGACAUGAGGGAUACAUGGCCGAAUGCUCGAGUGAGGAAAAAUGUUUCGCUCAUACACACUUACCAUGGUUUCAAAGGUGACAAGCAAGGAGCUCUUGAAUUCUUCAAGUUGAUCUUGAGGGCACUCUGCCUCUGUUGGGACCGGCAAACGCAGGAUCUGCAUGUAGAUUGGAUUCUUUUCAGAGGUAGAUCUUUGAUUCCUGUCCUGUGCGAAUUGGUGAACGAUAAUAUAGAUGGGCAUUAUCCUUCCUCACACUACCCUAUAUUCGCUGAGUUUAUGCUUCCUCGUUCUGUGAGACAGCUUGAACCACCUCCCACUCAAGAAGAAAGUCCAGUUACUGUCUGA